AUUUUCGUUACAUGGACGCAACGUUUUAAUUGAUGUCCCCGCUAGUACUGCGACCACUUUAACAAGUUAUUGUUAAUGGCAACAGUACUUGCACAAGUCAUUUUUUUCUGCUGAAAUGAAAUACCUCUUCAUAGUUGCUGUAAUUGUGAUUUUUGGUAUAAGUAAAUCUGUUCAAGUUACGGACCAGCAAUAUGCAUCGAUGCCGGAUUUAUUUUAUCUUGAUAACUUUGACAAAUGCAUGUUAUAUGGGGACCGUGCAUUGUUUUGCUCUUUUAGAUAUACGUUAGAGCCUAUCGACGGUCAAAACGUCUCUGAAGUGUGGAAAAUCAUUCAGAAUGUAACAAGUCAUAUUGCCAAUUACCAACACAACCAGCUUAGACACCAAAUUUGCGUAACGACUACGUGUCAUGAUGUAAGGAAAGCACAUGAAAAUGAUCCUACAUUGAAAAGAGAACUUGAAGAUUGCUACAAUAAAAAGUACACCGAAUUAGGUUUAAAGGGAACGAUAAAAGAACUUUCAUGUGAAACGGCUAAUUCACGAUAUUCAGUUGACUGGCUGGACAUUAUCAGCGGAAUAUUUUUUAUUUUGUACGCGUCGUUUAUAUUGUACGCAACAUUUUACGAAUCGGUGGCAAGGUACAAAUCGCCUGAAGAGUAUAGACGGUUAACGAGUACGCCAAAAGGCGUCAUCUUGAGUUCCUGUUCUUUGGUUAGGAGCUGGAUAAAACUAAAAACCGUAAAUUGGACCCCAGAAGUGGAGAAGUUACGAUGUAUUCAAGGUCUAAGAUUUUACAACAUCGGUUUGGUUGUACUGUCACAUACGGUGUUGACAUAUUUAGCAGUACCCACUUCGAACACAAAAUAUCCCGAAAAUAUGCACCAAUCGAACGGGGUGUUAUUUUUCUCCAGUGGCCCACUUUGUGUAGGAACCUUUUUCUUCAUAUCCUCAUUUCUGUUAUCUCAAUCUCUCUUUGAGUAUCUCAGUGACAAAAAAGGGAUUAAUAUGAAAAUGUAUAUUUUCGCCAUGGCAAACCGCUUUUUUAGGUUAGUACCAACAGUAUUUUUUGUAGUUUUGUUCCAUGCUACAUGGUUGCGUCAUUUUGGUGCCGGUCCGUUUUGGCAUGAUUUUAUAGGUGAGGAAUUUCGAAAAUGCCGCAAGAAUGGGUGGUCAAAUGUGUUAUUCCUUAACAACUUUGUCGAUAAAUACAACAUGUGCUUGCCGACAACUUGGUAUCUGGCAUUAGACACGCAAUUUUUUGCGUUUGGGAUACUUUAUAUAGGCUUCAUAAAGAAGUACGAAAAAUACGUCUGGCCCAUACUUGGAACAACCAUGCUGUUGAACAUGACCGCCACUUUUCUGCAAAAUUUAUAUUACGAUUUUCCAGCGCUUAUAUUUCCAACAGCGGAACUUCAGUACAAAUUGGAAGGACUUACACAUAAUUUUCAAUUCUAUACUCAGAUAGCCGGACACAUCGGUAAUUUCGGGGGCUAUCUUAAUGGCAUUGGAUUUGGAUACUACUACCAAAAGAAUAAAAACAAAAAAAUAUUUAACACCAAGUUUCGCGUCUUCGUAUGGUGGAUGUCAACGUUUGUGCUUGCUCUGAGCUAUAUUUUCAUUACAAGUUUGAUCUUCUUUAGAUGGUCUGUGGAACGAAGUCCACGGUGGGCUUCUCUAUACGUAGCCGUAUCAAGACCCUUAUUUACUUUUGUAAUAGGAAUUGGCUUACUUGGUUUUACAGAAGGUGUGGGGUGGCUGGCACUCAGAGUGCUUCAAUGGUCACCCUUGUAUGUUCUUGGAAGAUUGAAUUUUAGCGUUUACUUAAUACACUUGUCAUUUGCACUAAUUAGAUUAGCAUAUUGGCGAUACCCAGUAUAUGUAUCUGAUUACGUGAUGAGGUAUUUUGAGGAAAGAUCACAAAUAACAAAGAGAAUUUGCUUCAUCCCCGACGUUUCAACUUUUUUGCUACAUCUUCAGGGCCUACUGGAAAUGGUUGGAAUUGUCACAGCUACAACUUUCUUUUCGGAUAUGGUUGUUAGUUACAUAGGAGGUGCUGUUCUUACGCUGUGUAUUGAAAUGCCGGUUGCCGAACUGCAGAAACGUUUUUUUAGCCUGCCGGAGAAAGAAAAACCUGAAACUGAGAGCAAAGAACAAUAGUUGAAGUGUUAUUUUAGUCAAUAAAAAAUGUGUUGAACUUAACGAAA